AGUUGUAUUAGUUGCUUAGAGCCGAGCGGUUGUCCGGCGCGCAUUCUAAAGCUACAAAUUAAAAAAAUAUAUAUAUUUACAAUUUUAAUUGUGAAGAUAGUUUACCUGUUUUAGUUCUUUGUUUUUUUUUUUUUGCACUAUGAAUACUGUGGCAUUGCUCGCGUUUGCCGUGUGGGCGAUUUUUCUGCGCUACUUGCCGCAGAUUCUGAGGUUUGUGCACCUGAUACGCUUUUCCAAAACACUACCAGGUCCCACUGUGAGUGAACUGAUUGCCAAUGUGAAGAGAGGCGAGGUACUCAAAUGGCUGAAGGAGUUGCGGGCGCGGCAUGGACCCGUUUUUCGCAUAUGGUUUGGCAAGGAUCUGAUGGUGUUCUUCACCACGCCCGAGGACAUGAAGCAGCUGCUGAGCAGCAAUGCGUUGCUGUACAAAUCAAAUAGCUAUCAGCAAUUGGAGUGUUGGCUAGGCAAGGGUCUGCUCACCAAUGGCGGCGAGACUUGGCAUCGGCGCCGCAAGCUGCUGACGCCGGGCUUCCACUUUCGCAUACUGAGCGAGUUCAAGGAGCCAAUGGAGGAGAAUUGUCGCAUCCUGGUUAGCAAAUUGCGCGAAAAGGCCAAUGGCGAACCCUUCAACAUCUAUCCAUACAUCACGCUCUUCGCUUUGGACUCUAUCUUGGAGACAGCGAUGGGCAUCAAGAAGCACGCCCAAAUGCAGAGCGAUUCCGAAUAUGUGCAAGCAGUGCAGGCCAUUUGCCGGAUUUUACACCAGCAGAGCUUCUCCUUCUGGCAGCGUUUUCCAAUAAUAUUCAAAUUCUCCUCAGCGGGACGAGCGCGUAAUGCUGCUCUGCGCGUCCUGCACGCAGAAACGCAUCGAGUCAUUCAAAUGCGCCGCAAGCAGCUGCAGCAGGAGUCUCAACAGAAGGUUGAGGCUAAUAAUGACAACGAUGUGGGGGCCAAGCGACGUUUGGCAUUCCUUGAUAUGCUCUUGCUGUCGCAGAUGGAGGGUGGGGGCGUAGAGCUGACCGAUUUGGAUAUACGAGAGGAGGUGGACACUUUCAUGUUUGAGGGGCACGAUACGACCAGCUCGGCGAUAGCCUUUGCCCUUUAUCUGUUGUCUAAGCACGCCGAUGUGCAGCAGCGCGCCUACGAGGAGGCUGUGGAGCGAGAGGGACAUGAAAAGGAAUCGAUGCCCUAUCUGGAGGCAGUCAUCAAGGAGACGCUGCGCUUAUAUCCCGCGGUACCAUUCUAUUCACGGCAGGUGCGCGACGAUCUGCAGGUGGGCAACGUGACAGUGCCGAAGGGGGCCAGUGUUAGUUGCCUGGUUUAUAUGCUCCAUCGCGAUCCCGAUAGUUUCCCCAAUCCGGAACGCUUCGAUCCCGAUCGAUUCUAUCUCAACGAACAGAACCUGCAUCCAUUUGCCUUUGCCGCCUUCAGCGCCGGACCACGCAACUGCAUAGGUCAAAAGUUCGCCAUGCUGGAGCUGAAGUGUUCGCUGUCGAUGAUAUUGCGGCAUUAUCAGUUCCUGCCUGUUGCCGGUUAUGAGCCACAGCCAUUGGCCGAGCUGAUCAUGAAAAGUGGUAAUGGUAUCCAGGUACGCAUGCAGCCACGCCCUUAAUUGUAUUGAGUUACCCUCUUGAACCUUCUAAUCUUCAUAUACCUAACUAAAUGUAUUUCGACUUGUCAUCAUCAUAAUGUUUAUAUUUUUUGUGUCUCUCAUAAUUAUAAUACGAUUAAGUGAAAAUAAAUCAAAAUAAACGGAGAAAUCAAAAUAAAACAAAA